AUGAACCAUACCCUCUGGGAUGACUUUCCAUACGUACACUUCCAGUCUAACGAUGACAUCCACUUUGCGGCAUCAUUUCUCACUUGGCACCGUUACAUCAUCCAUACAUAUCAUCAAGCGUUGGUGACAGAGUGUGGUUAUAAAGGAGAGCUUCCGUACUGGGACUGGACGCUCGACUGGCAAAACCUCUCUGCUGCACCAGUCUGGGAUCUCGACCAUGGCUUUUCCGGCAACGGCCGCGAAAGCGCGGAACCCAGCGCCUUCUUUCCACGUUCGCAUUGUAUUAAAGACGGUACAUUCGCUAAUGUCAAUGUUUCACUCGCUGGUGCUACAUACGCGCCUCACUGUCUGACUCGCGACUUCGGCUCAUUUAAGCAUGAACCCGUUGCGAGCCUAUCGCAGCACCUUCGGCCGAGCGCUAUUGAGGCUCUUAUGGAUGAAGACGACUACUAUGAAUUUCUUGUCAAAUUUGAAGAUGGCGCGCAUAUCGCGAUACCGAAGUUUAUUAUGGGGGAUUUUCGAUUGUUCACCUCGCCUAAUGAUCCAAUAUUCUUCCUCCAUCAUGGGCAAAUUGACAGGAUUUGGUGGCGGUGGCAGCAACAUGAUUUGCAACGGCGACAAUAUAGGUACACAGGCAGCUUUAAGCCCAGGUCGAAAGAGCAAGCAAGUGUCGAUGAUAUUGUCUCGAUUGGAGGUCUGGUUCCGGAUAUCCAAGCUUCAGAACUCUUGAAUGUACGAUCGGGUAUAUUUUGCUAUACAUACUAG